AUGUACGAGGCGCCCCCCUGUGAGAGCCAGGCCUGGAAGGUGGCUCCAGCCAAGAGGCAGGAGGACACGGACGGCACCUACCUAGAUCACGCCACUGCCCGGCGCUGCUCGGAGCCUUUCGCCCUCCUGCCAGCCAAGAGCCUGGCUGAUUCCUCCCCCGAAGCCUCGAGCAAAGCCCCAGCCUGGCCCAGGGGCAGUGGCUCCCCGGUGGAGGAUCCUGGCAUGCAGGACCAGGCCUGGUACGCGGGGAGCUGCGACCGGCACCUGGCGGAGAGCGUCCUGCAGGGGGUCAAUAAGGACAGCGCAUUCAUGGUGCGACAGAGCUCGGGGCAGGGCUGGAACCAGCCAUUCACCUUGGCCGUGCUGUACAAGGGCCACGUCUACAACAUCCCCAUCCGCUACGUGGAGAGCAGCCGCCAGUACGCGCUGGGCAAGGACGGGAAGAGCCGCGAGGAGCGGUUCGACAGCGUGGCCGGCAUCAUCCAGCACUACCGCGAGCACCCCCUGGUGCUGAUCGAGGGCAGCUCCGCCUCCAGGGCGCACACCUGCCUGCUCUUCCCCGUCAAGCCCUGAGGGCUGGGGACAGGCUGGGGGCCCGGCUGCGGCCACCCCCCAGCUCUGCCGUGUGGGACUUGAGGUUCUCUGCACUGGCCGCUCUGGGGCGGACAGCAGGGGGCGCCAGCGCUGCAGGAGUACCCCGUGCUGGGCCAUGCAGCCCCCGCAGGGGACAGGGCUUGGGGGGCUGGGAGCUCCCCCCUUCCCGCUGUGGCAACUCCUGCUUUCCCCUCUGGGGGGGCCCCUGCUGGGGUGGGGCGUUCGGAGCCUUUGGGUUGCUCUGGGUCUCGCUUGGCCGUUUGCUCACGGUGGGAUCUCCAAGCCCGCAGGGCUCGCCCGUGUCAGUAACCGGGGGGACGCGCCUGGGGCCGCCUCCUGGAGCCU